AUGGACACGGCGGUUUCGGGGUGUGACACGGGCAUGGGGCUGGCGUGGUGUGACAUGGACACGGCGGUUUCGGAGUUUGACAGGGGCAUGGACAUGGCGCAGGAGUGGUUGGGCAAGGGCACGGCGGACAAGGUGGUACAGGAAGACCUAGAAUAA